AUGAGAUAAUAAAUUUGUUAACCCACAUAUGGAGUAGGUUUAACAACUUCAUUUUAAUAAAUUUCUUAGCCAACAAUAAAAAUAGUUUCUCAACCUUAAUUCUAGAAUUAAAUUCAACCAAUAGCUCAAUAACCAUUUUAACAAUAGUAACAAACGAGCUUUUCAUAGUAAUAUAAUAGACCAAUAGUACCUAUCAAUGGUAAUGGAAAUUUAAGUCGUCCUGGAUGGGAUUUACAUACACGUUAAAGAUUUCAUACAUCAUAGUCUAAUGUUUCUCCAUAAAAUUAAAUGCAAGUUUUGGAUCUCUAAUAAAUUGAAGAGCCUUGGAAAAUAAGAGUUUAAGAGUUAUAAAAUAAAAUUAGCAUUUUAGAAGCUCAAUAAUAAAAAUAAUAGGAUUAAGAUGAAGAAACUGAAUUAUCAUAAGCAUAUAGCUAAAUUUAAUAGUUAGUUAAUACAAUUAAAAUAUUAUAAGAGGAAAUAUAAUAACUAUAAGAAAAAGUAGAUAUAAAAUAAAAUAUUAUUGAUGGGUAUGAUAAAUAAUUGGCUGAGAAAGAUAAAGAAAUAGAAGAAGCUAAUCAUUAUAUUUCAGAGCUUCAUACUUAAUUAGAAGAAUAAACAACAAAUAUUGAAGAGAAAUAAAAAUACUUAUUUGAUGAAGUAAACACUUGGAAAAAGAAGUUUAUAGAAUAAAAUAAGUAAAGUCUUUUUAAAUAAUUAUUAAGGGAAUUUCAUUAAAAAUAAGAAGAAUUGAUGACUCUAUAGGCUGAAUUAGAUAAUCUUAAAAAUUAAUAGAUUAUACUCAAUAAAUCUAGUGAUUAUAAAUCAACUAAAUGA